AUGGAGCCAGGAGCAAGAUCCAGUGACAGUGAAAAACCACUGAACGCAGAACCUCCUUGUAACUACAGGAAAUGUAACUACUACAAGAAAUGUACAGUUGUGCUCGCAGUUGCCCUCGCAGUUGUCUCCUUAUGUCUCAUCACUGUUAUUGUCCCGACAGUGCUGUUAUCUGGGCGUUCUUCAGCUGCUCAAGGCCCCGCGUGCGCAGACGGCUGGAUCGGGUACCGAGGGAAAUGCUACUAUUUCUCCGAGACUGAAGGAAACUGGACUAACAGCCACAGACACUGCUCCUCCCUCAGUGCCUCCCUGGCUGCAAUCGACAGUGAGCAGGAAAUGGCUUUCCUGCUGCGCUAUAAAGGCAAACCCGACCACUGGAUCGGCCUCCGGAGGGACUCGGGGCAGCCCUGGAAAUGGGCCAACGGCACUGAAUUCAACAGCCUGUUUCUGAUAGGAGGACGAGGUGACUGCGCGUAUCUGACUGAUCUGGGUGGGGUCAGCAGCUUGCGAUGCACCAGUGAGAGACACUGGAUCUGCACCAAACCUGAUGCAUUUACACAAGCACAGGAGGCUGCCGCGGAAGGGGACUCGUAAGAAGAGUAUUGUAGAAUUAGUCCUGGAAAAGCCGGACUGAUCUCUUUACAAUAUCACAUCUGAGCAAUUCCGGAAUAUCAGGAAAUGCUCUGCGCAUCGCUGGGCAGAACACUGUUGAUUCAGGUGAAAACCGGAAAAGCCAUUUGCACAUCUUGAUCUCCUGCCACCUAUUU